AUGGCCAGAGGAUCAGUGUCCGAUGAGGAAAUGAUGGAGCUCAGAGAAGCUUUUGCCAAAAUUGAUACUGAUGGCAACGGAUACAUCAGCUGCAAUGAGUUGAAUGACUUAUUCAAGGCUGCUUGCUUGCCUCUGCCUGGUUAUAGAGUAAGAGAAAUUGCAGAAAACAUGAUGGCUACAGGUGAUCUGGACCAAGAUGGGAGGAUCAGCUUUGAUGAGUUUAUCAAGGUUUUUCAUGGUCUAAAAAGCACAGAUGUUGCCAAGACCUUUAGAAAAGCGAUCAAUAAGAAGGAAGGGAUUUGUGCGAUUGGUGGUACUUCAGAGCAGUCUAGUGUUGGCACCCAACACUCCUAUUCAGAGGAAGAAAAGUAUGCCUUUGUCAACUGGAUAAACAAAGCCCUGGAAAAUGAUCCCGACUGUCGGCAUGUCAUCCCCAUGAAUCCAAACACAAAUGAUCUCUUUAAUGCUGUUGGAGAUGGCAUCGUCCUUUGUAAAAUGAUCAACCUGUCAGUGCCAGACACAAUUGAUGAAAGAACAAUCAACAAAAAGAAACUUACCCCUUUCACCAUUCAGGAAAACUUGAACUUGGCUCUGAACUCUGCCUCAGCCAUUGGCUGCCAUGUGGUUAACAUAGGAGCUGAGGACUUAAAGGAGGGGAAGCCUUAUCUGGUCCUGGGACUUUUGUGGCAAGUCAUCAAGAUUGGGUUGUUUGCCGACAUUGAGCUCAGCAGAAAUGAAGCCCUGAUUGCUCUUUUGAGAGAAGGGGAGAGCCUGGAGGAUUUGAUGAAACUCUCCCCUGAGGAGCUCCUGCUGAGGUGGGCUAAUUACCACCUGGAAAAUGCAGGCUGCAACAAAAUCAGCAACUUCAGCACUGACAUCAAGGACUCAAAAGCUUAUUACCACCUGCUUGAGCAGGUGGCUCCAAAAGGAGAUGAAGAAGGCAUUCCUGCUGUUGUUAUUGACAUGUCAGGACUGAGGGAGAAGGAUGACAUCCAGAGGGCAGAAUGCAUGUUGCAGCAGGCAGAGAGGCUGGGCUGCCGGCAAUUUGUCACAGCCACAGAUGUUGUCCGAGGGAAUCCCAAGUUGAACUUGGCUUUCAUUGCCAACCUCUUUAACAGAUACCCUGCCCUGCACAAACCAGAGAACCAGGACAUUGACUGGGGAGCACUUGAAGGUGAGACCAGGGAAGAGCGGACAUUUAGAAACUGGAUGAACUCCUUGGGUGUAAACCCUCGAGUCAAUCAUUUGUACAGUGACUUAUCAGAUGCCCUGGUCAUCUUCCAGCUCUAUGAAAAGAUUAAAGUCCCUGUUGACUGGAACAGAGUAAACAAACCACCGUACCCCAAACUGGGAGGCAAUAUGAAGAAGCUUGAGAAUUGUAACUAUGCAGUGGAAUUGGGGAAGAAUCAAGCUAAGUUUUCCCUGGUUGGCAUUGGUGGACAAGAUCUCAAUGAAGGAAACCGAACUCUGACAUUGGCCUUGAUUUGGCAGCUAAUGAGAAGGUACACACUAAAUAUCCUCGAAGAAAUUGGUGGUGGGCAGAAGGUCAAUGAUGACAUUAUUGUCAACUGGGUGAAUGAAACAUUGAAGGAAGCAGGGAAAAGUUCAUCCAUCUCUAGUUUCAAGGACCCAAGGAUUAGCACAAGUCUGCCCGUUCUGGAUCUCAUUGAUGCCAUUCAACCAGGUUCUAUUAACUACGACCUUCUGAAGACAGAAAACCUGGACGAUGAAGAGAAACUCAACAAUGCAAAGUAUGCCAUCUCUAUGGCCCGAAAAAUUGGAGCAAGAGUUUAUGCCCUUCCAGAAGACCUGGUGGAGGUGAACCCCAAAAUGGUCAUGACAGUGUUUGCUUGCCUGAUGGGGAAAGGAAUGAAGAGGGUGUGA